ACGUUUUCGUGGAUGUCUGCUGGGUCCAUGUUAUAGAAAAAACGUAUGUAUCCUUCCAACAUCUUUGUGGUCUCUACGUUCUCUUGGGGGUCCCCGGCUGCCACACAGUGCCUCCCUGCUGCCACCCAACUAGGGCUGGCUCCCCUUGUGCCUUCAUUCAUCAUCUCCAUCUUUAUUUCUGAAGUUUUUGCCGCGGCAGAAAACCAUCUUCUGCGGUAAAGGUGUCUCGCUGGUGUUAGCGAGAGAACAGCCAAAGAAUUUUCAUUUCACAAAACGUGAGGAUUGUGAAUCGCCCCCCUUGUAGGGGGGUUGGUGGAUGACGGGGCUUAUGGGGACCAGCUGUCAUUUGAUGUGCGAAUAUGUUUGUUGUGGAUAAGUGUAGACGGAUUCCGAAUUUCUUGUUACACACCGUUUAUGCGGUUGUCUGAGACUGGACGUUCCUGUCUGACAUGUGUGUUAAGUUCAUGUUCGCGCGUUUUUCUGUUAGCUGUACAUGUAGAACGGGCGUGAUCACGUGAUCUGCCGGGCGCCAGAUCACGCUAUCGACUUCUGCCGCUGAAGGGCUGUCUUGCUGCGCAUACCCAUGGUUUCUUUUGAUUUUUCAAACACGCACAUGUCCAUUUAUAAAGGAGCUUCCGCGGCACGGAGGGAAUUUUCCUCAAAGCACGGUGUUUUGUAAAGGGUAAGAGCACCUGAUGUGAGUCUCCUGCCUGGCUUCUCGACGGCGUCUCCAAUCGGGUCUUCUGCCAUGUCGCGUAUUUUCGGGACGCUCUUCUCCACACGUUGUAUCCCGCUGCUCAAUCUAUCUACAUUCUCCACCUUUCACCGGUUUCGGUGUUUCUUUAUCGUCCCCUCGGUCUCGCUUCCCGUCGAUGUCGUCUUCUCCGCUGUUCCACGCGAGCAUGGCUUCAUGAACGGCGUCGCGCCCAGUCCCAUAAGGGCAAGAGGCAAUGUCGUAAUUUCCAAUCGUUUUAGGUAUGUCGUUUAGUGACCCAUCUGUCACCCAAGUGAAACCGAACCUCGUCUGCGCUGACACAACAUGGGCAACCCGAUGCUCGCUGCUUCUGUGCUCCGCUCAAGCGCUUUGUAGCCGCCACUGUCGUCCACAGAGGCAACUGCAAGAGUUAAGGAGGAGCCUCACCAAACAAAGAUGCGGGUGAGGCCGAUCCGUGCCUUCUGUCGGGUAUGAGCUGCGACUAUGUUUUCUGCUCAGUCUGGGCGGGGUUCGAAGUCGUCAUGAAAGGUUUUCCAGUUUGACGAGUUCUGUAUAGGUUUCUCUUCUGUCUUCACCUCGCUCCGACGCUCCUCAAACGCUGGUGGUGAACCCCACCCAUACGAUGGAUCCGCCACAGUGCCCUCGUGUCGCUGACUCAAAGUUGAUGCCCGUACAGGAUCCGUCCACAUCAUCUUGUCAGGCGUCUUCCCUGUUUGCUCCGGACAUCGCGCACAGCUCUCUAGGAGGCAGUUGCUCAGCUGCGGCUGAAGCAGCUGCCUCUCCUGUUGUCUCUGUUUCUUCCCUUUCUGUCAAUGGCGAAAAUGUUGUGAAGCCUACAGGGUUACCCUCACGCCUCGCUCCAGCCUCUUUCUCAGGUUCCGGUGCACGGCAGAAUGGAGUUGAAUCGUCGUCAGCGCACUCUGCCGUAUCCAGAGAGGGCGGAGGCUCCGCCUUAGCAUCGGCCAAGAGCCUGGAGUCUCCCUCUUCGGACUCUGCGUUUUUGAAUGCACUGCAUGCGCCGUCGGACAUCCCGCCAACUGGGAAACGGAGAGGCAAAAGUCCGAGCAGAGCGUCGUCGCUGUCGUCUUCGCCUGCAUCUGGUACCGCUCACCAACCUCUGCAGCGCGAGUUAGUUCUUAUGCAUCGCAUGACUCAGGAGCAGUUUCAGCAGCGCCUCUUGGACGUUAGCAGGUACCGCAGAACUGUGCAAGUGGUCAACUUUAGAAACACCGUCUUCCCGUCAGCGUACUCGAUCGCGCUCUUCUUCUCCGCCGCCGAGAAGGCGCCGCAGCUCACCAAGGUCCUCAUGUACUACUUUGACAGUCUGCCGCCAGCUCAGUUCCGCGUCUUCUGCUACGGUCUCUCGCGCUGUCGACACGUCCGCCACGUGGACGCAAAUGCGACGGGCGCUGCGGGUCUCCCUGCCUGGAGAACGUUGCUGCUGCUGAAACGCCUGAAGGCUUUUCCGGACAUCAGACAUGUCACGCUUUCGGGGAACGAGUUGGAGUCCUUCAGAGGCGGGGCGCGCCGCUGUCGCUCUCCGAGCAAAACUGGGGGCGACACGACACGACCUUCGAGUGACUCCGAGGGAUUGGACGACGAGGAGCGCCGCGAGGAAGAGAGUGAGUGGGCUCGAGACUCCGACUACGCCUUGGGAGAUGAAGCGUUGGAGACAGUGCGGAAGCUGAAUGGCAGGAGGGACAGGAGUUCGGACCAAGAGAACGACGGUUCUUCAGCCUUACACGGGCAGCAAACGACAGAUAAGAAACCUGCUGGGCGCGUCCCGGGCGCGGGGAAGGUAGAGAUCAAGAAGUCCAAGGCUGGGAUCGGAGAAAAGGGGAAGGCUCUUCAGAAGAAAGCAAGCGAGGGGCCUGCGGGAGAGGACUUUGAAUUUUCAAAGGCGAAAAAAUUCGCGGACCAGGCUGCUUCAGAGGAAAGACUACCACCUUCAGCUGAGAGAAGGGAGGCUGCGACUUCUCGGGAGGACGAUGAGGAGCUGGAAACUGCUGCAAAACAACUCCUCGCGCAGGUUUUGGCCGACGUGCGAGCGGGUCGAAGAGCAGCGCGUCGCCGAAGGUACUUUCUGCCUCUUCCAGAGGAGAAGAAGGAGCACUGUUCGAGCCCAGACCGGGUCGACGAGAAGCGAUCUUUGUCUCCGAGCUUAACGGAUGAUGAAAACGAGACGCGCGCAGUUUACCCUCUUCGCGACUUGAUGAUUGGAGGCGUCGUCUGCCUGCAAAUCAAGGAAUGCGCUCUGAUACAGCAGUCGCAACUGUCUCUCUGGGUACUCAAUUCGUGUCACCUUCUGCGCCUCCGCCAGUUCGACCUCGGGAAAAGCGACAGAUCUCUCGCUCUCGUCCUCCCUGACGAAAAAGAUCCUCCCACGAACGGCGAGCUGCUGCGGCGAAUCUGCUUGAUGUCUCGCCAGCUGUGGACUCAGCGCAAGCAGUCGAGCGACAUUCUCACACCGUUCCACGCGGCGGACGACUGGCAGGAACCAAUGCUUCCGUACUUUUGGCUGUACUCGCUGCUGGACUGCAUGUUGCUCUAUGCUCACAACCACCCUUCGGCUUCUCCAGCCUUUCCUCCUUCUGCCCUCCCCCCCGAUUCUGAUAAGUCGGGUGAUGCUCGGCCCUCGGGAGGAGACGCUCCUGCUGUUUCUUUUGCAGGUGCCGCGUAUGCCUCUCUGUUGAACUAUCCCCAGCUUCUUCGACAGCCCCUUGUCCGCGUGUGGAUGCCCCCUCAAGAGCCCGUUCAAGGGAGUGGCACGACUUUGAAGCUUCCCCCUGGGUCGUCGGGUUUUUGUUACGCCUUUCUUGUGGGGCGCGUGGGAGACCGAUGUCUCGUGCGCUGGCUGACUCGCCGCCAAUUUAGCGACUACUUGGAGAAGGAUCAGCUGGCUUGUAGAGAGAGCCAGGCUUUUCCCUUCCACAAGGAUGAAGCAUCAUCAUCCUCUCGAGGAAUCAGCAUUUCCCCUUCUCUUACUUCUGCAUCUGCGCCUUCUGAUAUUUCUUCGGUCUUGUCGCGUUUCAAGGCGCUGACGCCCGUGCCGCCUCUCUGCCCUCUGUGUGUCCCCCCUUCACCUUCCUCUGGGUCCCCAAGCUCCGAGGGUUUCGCGCCAGGACCUUUCGUUUCUGGAGCCUGUCAUGCAGUCCCUCGCGGGCGCUCUUCUUCCCGGCUAGCUGCGGCUGCGGCUGUUGGGGCUCUGCACGGAACGACGUCGUCCCUAUACUCUGGUGGGGUCGAGAACUCCCCACAGAUGCGGCAAAAGAGAGAACUGGAGUCAUUCUUCGGCAGAUUCGACGCAGCUAUCCCUGUCGCGCGAGUGGAGCCGGCGGCGUUCGCCUGGGACUGGAUUCAAGGCUCAAACGAGGAGACGAGCCAAAAGAGAGGAGACGAACGGGUCGCGGCACCAGAGGGGUCCAGUGAGAGCGAAGAGGAGACAGGCAGAAAAGAGCAGGGAGAGACGGCAAGCAAGCACAGCCUGACGUCUUUGAAGAGCAAAGACGGAGCGAAAGACAAUCUUGUGGAGGGCGGAGACAGAUGGGACAUGCCGGAGCUCGCCGCGGGCAAAGAAGGAUCCGAAAACAAGCGGGACGACAGGAAACUGAAGACUGGCGCGAAGGGAGAUCGAAGAAGUGGAGAACAGGGAAUCGGCGUUGGAUCGUGGGUGGAGGUGGACCUUGGAGGCGACGAAGAUGCGAACAAGCCGUUUGUCACUGCCAUCGGAAUCGUCUGCCACGUGGACCAGGCGCCGGCGGGGGCUCCGCCUCCGAGUCUGCCUUCCUGGCAGGCGCCCAGCUGUGCCUUCAACCCGCAAGUUGGCCUCGCGGUGGCGGCUUCCCGUUCUAACUGUGAGCGUCUGACUCCUGUCUCCCGCCGUCUGCUGACUUGCCGUCUCCGUGUCUGUCUCCUUCACACGAAGCCCGCACAGACGGGGGUGUCUCCGCAACCGAGCAAAAGUGUCUCUCGGGCAACUGUGCCCUCUGUGGGGAAACACGUGGUCUCUGGAGGCAACAAGGGGUACGACGCAGGGCGCUUCGUCACUGUGUCCUUCAACCGCGUUCGCCCCCUCCAGGUCCUCAUGGCUCCCAAAGACACCUGGACCUUGACGGCGGUCCGGGAACAAAUAGGCAAGAUGAAGGACGAAGCUGAAAAGCUCGGCGCUGAGAAGCGAUUCUGGGGGUUUGGCGGCGCCCUCGGGUCUUGCGUGCUCCUUCCCAAAGAGUGGGGGGUUGAUGCUGCGGAACGCGAUUUCGGCGCUUCUCGGGCGUUUCCUGUUGCCUUGAGUCUUCCGUCAAAAGCGUCGACUCAGAACUCGGAGGUUGCGUCGUCGGUGCCACUUGUUCUCCACUCUAAACUUCUCCCGUGUCUCGAGACAGAUCGGGUGGAGUUUGUGCAGAAGGCAAUGCAGCAUCCUCGCCAGCUCAUUGUGCAUUUUGGUUUCGGUUUGUCGGGUCCCGCCUCAAGUCCUUCCUCGGGCACGAACCGGCGCGGGCAAGGCCCGAGUCAGCGAGGCGGGGGUGCUUCGUGGACUUCUGCGGGCUCUGGAGGGCCUUCGGAGACAUCGGAAGAAGUGUCUCCCGAUGGCGGGCCAGGUGUCUGUGACAAAGGUCCGACUUCCCAAACGUUUAACCUUUCCUCUGGCGAACGAGCCAGUUCCCAGGUGGGAGAAGAGAGGAAAACACUGGGUGGACACGGGGGAAGCACGGGGAAUGUAGGUUGGUCUGCACACACGAAGCAUGUGUCGGCGGACAGUCUUCCUGGGUUUAGGUGCUUGGAUUACAAGCCUUUUUUCUUGCCUCCCUCGGCCCCCGCCGCCUUGCUGGCGCUUCUCGAUGGUCGCGCUGGCGCCAGCCCGAGCCACUCUGGUCAAGGGAAGGCGAAGGCAGAUGUCCAAGGUACGCUCUCCUCUGAGAAGAUUUCGGGGGAAGGGGCGGACCUCAAAACGCAGGGGCAGGCGCAUGAGGCUUCAACCGCGGCACAAGCGCCGCGGCCUGCGGGCGCUGACGCAGCAGGGGGGGCGGGCCGUUCUGCGGCUGCACGCCGCGCCUCGAGUCCUCCACAGUGUGACGGCUUCGAUCCAGAGAACGCGACUCGACAAGAUUCGCUUUUCGUCGCCUGCAGUGGUUCAGCAGGCGAAGUGGCACUCCAGGACCGGAAGCCUGGGUUGCCCGGUUUUCUGGCGGCAGGUGCUGGACUGUCGCAGGGGGCGUCUUCUGCAAGCCAGAAGAAGCGCUCAACGGGAGGUGCCCUCAAAGAAGCCAAGGGAGGCCCAGGCGGCGUCAAGACCAGCGCGGCUGCACAAGGAGGGAAAGGUGCACAAAGUAAGCGCGCGCGAAUGGUGUACUCUCCCACGAUCUCCGGGAAAAUCCGCUCUGUGGGCAGCGACAAGUCGAUGUCACCACCUCCUUUUCGCCUCGACAGGGAGCGCUCGCCUUCACCGACGGAAGCGGCGAGCUGCGGGAGUGUUAGGAGUCAACAGAAGGUGUUUCUGGGCACCAGUUUGUCCGGCACGCUGUCUAUGCAGAUCGACAGCUACCCUGCGACGGAAGGUUCGGCGUCUCCGUCUUGUUCCACGUCUGCAAUGCAGAAGGGUUUCAAAGAGAAAACCGCCGCCCCGAGCGUCCCCAGGCGCCCCGGCGGGUGGACUUCGGGCUUCAAGGAGAGAGGAGCGAGUGGCGCUGCAUCGAAAGUGCUGGCGCGAGGCCCUCUGGGUGGACUUUUUCUCGACUCGACAGCUGGUGAAAGCGAAGUGGCCAGGCGAACACCCGCCUUCCUUCAGCGACGACGAAUAGCUGACUGCGAAGCUCCCGAGGAAAGGAAAAGACGAAAACUAGACGAGGAGAGAAGAGAACGGGACGCGGAGGAGGCACAGUGGCUAUGGCGCCUGUCGCUCCCGUGUCCCGUUAUCUCGCCGAGAGAGCCAGUGGGGGAGGUUUGUCUGUCCAAUAUCGACCUGAAUAGCAGGGAAACGAGGCUGACUGAACGAUGUGCCGGGGACGAAGUCGUCUCCCAGUUUCCAGCUGCCAAAGUCCCUUCGCAGGUUUCUCCACCUGCGAACGGUUUCGGUGAAGCGUCGACUUCGAGCCGGGACUCCUCGCCGGCGUCUUCGCGUUCCUGCUCGCCUCCGGCUUCUCCGCUUGGUGCGUCCUCUGGAGCGUACGCGCCCUUCACACUUCAUUUGUCUCGUGGAACGUCUGAAUCUUCCACGAAGGACCGUCCCAACUCGUCCCGUGUCUUGUCAGAGAACCCUUUGCUGCCUCCGGCUCGUCAGCCUCUCACUGCAGGAGAGUGGGAGCUCAUCAAAAACGCUUUGCAUUUCCUGCGUGGUCGGGGUGUCUGCGGGCUAAUUUGCGAAGCCGGGGGGUCUCGCCUGUCUCUUGGGUCUGUGCGGGAAGAAACAGAGCAGUAUUUUUCUCUCCCUCUGAUUGCAGACGUGUGGCAAGCUGAUGAGGGCUCGACUUCCAACGCUCGCUCCUCUAAAGCGCAGAUAGGGGGGGCCUGUACCGUAGGAGGCGAAGGCAUCUCUACCAGACACUUCCUAGGCAGACAGGAGAAAGAAGGAUCGGUUCUUUCAGAAAACCUCAACCCGUUGAACGGCCGCUGCUCCUGCGGGGAAGAGGUCCAGGCUCGAUCUGAGGAACUUCCUAAGGAGCGCUUACCGCGACCGUGCUUCUGGCGAUUGAAUGAUGACUCACUGAACCAAGUUCGGUGCUUCUUGGAGUUCUGUGUAAGUCGGCGACAGUUUCGAAUGCUUCAGGAAGAGCAUUUCCACUCUUGCCCUGCAGCUCUUGAGCGGCGGCCUUCGCCGCACCAGUCGGGCCAGCAAAGCCCUCUGCUAUCCUCGCAGGACGCAGCUAGCCUCCUGCAGAAGCCCGUCUCGACAGGCUCUGAUGGAGACGCUGUCCCGUCUUCUGACGAACUCUGUGAAUCACGAGAUGGAAAUUACGUCGUUUUUCCGCCCUCAUCUAGUGCGUCUCUGUCGCCUGGAGACGAUGCACAUCCGAAAGUGCCAGAUUCUAUUUCCGAAGGUCGUCGGCGUGGGUGUCAAGAAGCCGCCACGUGCAUCUGCUUGGACAUCUGUACAUGUUGCAUGACCGACCGGGCGUCGCACCGCCCCGAGUCUUCAGAUCUUCUAGGGCCCCUGCUGGCGGCUGUUUCGCCUCCUUCCCUGGCUUCCCGAAGAGACAAAAGCAAGGCCAGCAGGUUUUCAGGGGAGCGCGCUCCCCCUCCGGAGUCUGCCCCAGCGCGGGCCGCGGUUAUGCGCAGUUGUCGGACGGCUACGGAAGCUGGUUCAGGUGUAACGGGCCAGGAGGGUGGUCCCCAAGGGACUGACACCGCCGGCGGAGACACCGCGGGGACAGGUUCUAGCGGGGUGCCUGUCGGCUCUUCAACGGCAGAGGGGCCCGCCUCUUCGGGCACAGGGAAGAAGCGAGGGAGAGGCAAAGGGCCUAGCGGAAACAGCCAGGGGUGGCCCUGGAGUUCGGAUGGUGUCGGUGGUGAGUAUCGCCGUGAAAACGUGGAGCUUUACCGCCGGUAUGCCGAAGCGAUUCUCGAACAACAGGCACGAAGGCGUAGGCGGCGCCUGAAGUGCGAAAGCCGACUGGGGUCGUUCGGCUGGCGCCGCGACCAGUUUCUGCGGCGUCUCAGACAGGGAAACCUGCAAGAAGACACCUCUCAAGAACAGCCUUUCGAAGGGGAGGAAGAGGAACGCGAAACGGAUGGUGUCAAUAAUCUCGGCGAAGCAGUCGAAGAUCGCCUCUAUCGGGUCACGUAUCACCUGGCGGAGUCAGGCGACAUCUGGGGGCUUAACCGAGGUCGGCAAAAGCAACGCUCAGUCGCUCCGGGGGCUCCGGUAGAUCCCACAGGUAGCCGAGGGGGCACUGAUACUAGUUUCAACCAUUCUCCGGGAUGUGUGAGGCGUCCCUGGGAAAGCGCAGAAAUCGGCCUGUUUCAUUCAGAUGACGACAUGAGCGGUCUGGACACAGACAAAGACGAAGAAGACCCAACGGUGCAACGCCGGCUUCGGCGGGAACGCCGCGCUGCAGCAAGUGAAGCAGCGGCAGCAGCCGCUGCUGAGAACGGACCGCCGAGUUCUGGUGCUGUGGGACCAGCGAACAGCCGUCGCAGUCCCAUCCCUUCUACGCAGGAUCAUUCUCGGCAGAGCGGAUCUUCGACUGGAGUUACGGCGAAGAAGGUGCCAUACAACAAUCGGCGAAGUGGGAAGUCUCGAAAGGCGUCAACGGGAAGCCCAUCGAGUGCUCCCUCGCCCUCUGUCAGUGUCCCGGCAAUGCCAAGUUUGCCCGAGGUUUACGCUGCAGAAGAACAGCUGUGCGCGGUUCAGCUGGAAGCAACGAUGGAUACUGAGGCACCUUCAGCGGAAGAAAACAGUCACCGCCCUGAAAGUUUACCUGUGUCUUUCAACGCGCACCCUUUCGAAUCUAAAUUCGGUCAGAAUCUACAAGGGCGCGAUUCGCAACGAGAUGGGCCCAGCCCAUCGGGUGCUCUUCCCACUAUCAAUGACAACGCUGGCGUUCAACAGGGAGUGUCGGGAAGGCCGUCAGAGACAGACCGACCCGAGACCUUUUCAGGAAGUGCAGGUCCCGAAGCGCAGUCGCGACAGAGUGAUACCCAGGCCAGCGGUGGGAAAAUCCUCCACAAUAAAGGGGCGCCUGGAGACAGCAAAAGUCAAGAACUCGGUUGCCUUCCGCUGACUUCACCGGCAGCGGAGGCCACCGGAGGCGCGGUGCAAGGUCUACGGAUGCCACGUGAAGCCACAGGAAGUUCCGUGCAAGCCCAGGUAUCAGACAGCGCUUCUUUGAGCGACGAUGAAUCGUCUGUGGGCCGUGGUGGAGCGGUAGCAGCGUCUGAAGGAUCUGUCGGUGAAACCGUCGAUGUGUCACCACCCGCUACAGUCGACAGCCCGAGCACUGAUGGCGAAGGUACUGGAGGGAGAGAGGAACGUCGAACGGAACCUCCCGCUUCCUGGCAGCCAGUCGAUUUGUAUGCUCCAGACACUCGCGCACCCUUCGAGGUGGGCAGUGUUUCUGGAGACCAGGAGACAUUAUCCCUUGCUCAAGGAGUGGAACCCGAGGUGCUCGUAAGAAACAAGGAGGAGUCCCGUCAUUUCAUGCAGUCCACCGCUGUAUCUUCUCGAAGAGAACACGAUGAGAGUCGACAAGGGGCCCGGAAAGAUCCGUCGCCGAGUGUGUGUGUCGUGCCUCAAGUCCGAGCCUCGCUUUUUUCCCCACGUUCCGUGGAACCGGAAGGAAAGGUAGGAGCAGAGUGGGGAGACCACAGAGCUUCAUCUCCCUCUCGGCGCCCUGAACUUCACGAGUCUCAACUUCAGGGGGCUGGGUCUACCUGUAGCUCGAGGUCCAACCACGGGAGUCCGCGCACACCCGACGGCGUGUCGGGGGCUGGGCCCCAGGCGCAUACGAAGGCGGGCAAAGCCGGAGGCGUGGAGCACGCCGUCGCUUUGGGGAGCCUUCAGUCGCAGCUGCAGCAAGUGCAACACCAGCAGCACCAGCUAGCAAAGUAUCGAGAGCAAUUUCAACAACACAUUGCCCAGCAGCAACUCAUUCACCUUCAACACCUCGCGCAACACCAGAAACUGUCACACCGACAGUGGGUGCGCCACGCGCCUGCCUACUACGCAGUCCACGGGUUUCCACGCCACGGCCAGGUCUUUGCCGCUCCGGCUGCGUUCGCCAACGGACCGGGAGCCUCGCUGCACUAUUCCCCAGUCCAGGUGCUGCAAUGCGUGUCGGAGUCGGCGCCUUCAUUUUCCGGUACUAGAUGCAUUCCGCGGCCGCCGGCUAAUGCGGAGCCUCUUGGUGCGCCCGUUCACGCAGCGCCAGAUCCGGGCCAGCUGGCCCAGUCUGUGGCUGACAUUCGAGCUCGGGGGCUCCCCGCCGUUCGGAGAAUCGAACUGCAACCCGUGCCGGCACCCGAGGGGCCUUCUCCAGGAGCCCUAGGAAGUCCAGCAAGUCCUGGGGGCGUGUCUGCGACGGCGAUCUCGCUCGUGGGAGAGCCUGGUGUCCGCUCUAAAGAAGGCGACCCUCGAAGCGGUCCGGAAAACGAAAUGUUUCCGAUACCACCGGUCCCCGGAAGGCUACCCACAGCAGCGAUGAACGGCAGCCACAGCCACUCAGCUGGAGAUGGAGAACGCCUGGCAGAAAGAAGCUACGGCGUUGAACACGUCAUCGACUUGACGGAAGACGAGUGAGAACCGGGGAGACCAGGAACCUCAAAUUUGCUGCAUGCGACAAAGGCAAAGGGUCAAAGUGCGUAGUUCACAAGAAAACCUACUGAAGCGCCGUUGUUUUAAUUACUCGUGGCGCCUCUGACAUAUAAAGAGGAUAAUUAUGCUUCAACACAUUUUUAGUGGAGCAGAAUGGAUCCAUGCUGGCUAUUCUUUUCUUGGUCUCCUAGGAGAGUCAGCUCUUGUCCCAGUGGUAUAUUUGCCUGUUUGUGAGCAGGGUCAUCACGGCUUUGCUAAACUUGUUUGUGAGGAGCCCCUAAACUGCAGUAUUUCCCCGGGCAUUCCGGUGUUUGAACGUGCUCUGCUUCUGAUAGAAUAAUUCGAGAAGAAGCUACGUAGAGUCGAAAACCAAGAGGCUACUUGCGGCGUUUUCGGGUGUUAUCUGUGCCGCGAACGGAAUUCCAGAUAUGAGGUGUAUUCCAUGUCUCCGAUGAGAGGAGACGUUUGGAUGAAUUUAUUUUCCAGUUUUCGAUCGUGAACGCUGAGGAAGAGGAACGACGAAGUUAGGUCUGACAGCGGUACUCUUUCAGGAUGGAAUUCAAGAGUCAGUGUCUUCCCCAUGGCAAAAA